CUCAUUUUUGCCAAGCAGAAAUCACGUGGCGUACGUGUAUAUAACAUAGACAUAUCUUAUAUCGACUCAUAAUUCCGCGCGCAAAUGUUAAAUUAAUUUGUGCUAGGUAAUAAAUUCUCUUACAUCUUUCCGUCGAGAGGAUUAAGUUUUUAUUCUGCACCGAAAAUUAACGACAGUUUGGCGUGAAAUGAUGCAUCUUGCUGCAAUUGUCUGUGGUUUGUUGCCAAUUGUGCUCGGUAGCCAAAUGCUAAUCGCAGUAGACAAUCCAUUUGGCCUCUGCGACCUUGCUGUACCGGAUCAUCAAAACGAGUGCGGCAUCGCGGGGGUUUGGCGGAACCAGCUUCAGUCCGUAAUGAAGUUCACAUGCAUUGGCGGCCACAUCGAAGGAAAAUACUUCACGUCGGUCGGCAACGCUGACGGAUUUUACACUCUUUCUGGGAAAUACUUGAAGCCCGACGACGACACGACAGUCGUUGGCUGGGUUGUUGCCUUUAGCAACGACAUGUACGGAAAUUCCAACUCCACGACCGCAUGGUCCGGGAUCCAUUACGCUGACGAGAGCACUCUGUACACCCACUGGCUGUUGACCCAUUUCUAUCCACGUGCCCAGCUGUGGAAGACGACGAUGAUCAACCACGAUGACUUUAAGAAGGUCUGCUAAAAGAUUGAAAUCAUGCGGACAUUUCCAAGAUUAUGUUUCUUCUUUGGUCAAAUCUUCCAUAUGACAAAUAACUUUUUUCUGAAAUAAAUCAUUUACUGUUUA